ACUAACACCCACUGCAGCAAGACCUUCCUCGCCAGAUUGUGCGAGCAGGCUGAGCGUUAUGAUGGUUGGUUAUCCCCGCGUUCCUCGCCGUCUCCGCACCUAUGACGUUGGUUAUUAACUCUUAUCCUUGUUAAAUUUUAGAAAUGGUUACUUAUAUGAAGGUAUUUCCUCCCUUUCAACCCCGCUUUCUGCGGGGAAACCGGCAACAAGCAAUGUGAAAAGUUUGCUGACUUGCUUUUCUUCUUAUUUUUACAGGAAGUUGCUAAGGUAUACACAGCCCUAGAGCUGACAUGUCUAUCGCUACAACGAUAGGCUCCAUGGAUUUAAAGUUGAAUCCGGCGCUAACUGGUGGUUUUGUCAGCUUGGUGGUGAACUCACCGUUGAUGAGCGUAAUCUGCUUUCGGUCGCGUAUAAGAACGUUGUCGGAACCCGUCGUGCCUCGUGGAGAAUCAUCUCUAGUAUUGAGCAGAAGGAGGAGACCAAGGGUUCUGAGAAGCACGUUACGAAGAUUCGCGAAUAUCGCCAGAAAAUUGAGACUGAGCUGGAGCAAGUUUGUGGUGAUGUUCUCAACGUCUUGGACGAGUCUUUGAUCCCUAAGGCCGAGUCCGGCGAGUCUAAAGUUUUUUAUCACAAGAUGUACGCCUUAUUCCAUACAAAUCACUCUUUCGCUUUUGUGGGAAAAUCUCUCAUAAGCCUUAUAUUACAGGAAGGGUGAUUACCACCGUUAUCUUGCCGAGUUCGCCUCUGGCGAUAAGCGGAAAGAUGCUGCGACCGCCGCCCAUGAGGCUUACAAGGUACUCCGAUACCCCGCCCCCGCUUUUGAUCCGCUCGAAUACCAAUUUUUUAUUUAUUUUUUCCUGUGGCACAUGAGCACGUGCUCACCAAUAUUUACAGAACGCUACCGACGUCGCGCAAACUGAGCUCACACCCACCCACCCCAUCCGUCUCGGCCUCGCCUUGAACUUCUCGGUUUUCUACUACGAGAUUCUCAACUCGCCCGAUCGCGCAUGCCACCUCGCCAAGCAGGCAUUUGACGACGCCAUCGCCGAACUUGACUCGUUGAGUGAGGAGAGCUACCGUGACUCUACCCUCAUCAUGCAGCUUCUCCGUGACAACUUGACCCUCUGGACUUCCAGCGAAUCCGGGGAUACCGAAGAGCCUGCACCCGCGAAGGAGGAGGCCAAGGUUGCUGAAACUAAGCCAGAGGAGACCCCGGCUGCAUCAGCCCCGACCGAGGAGACCAAGUAAAUUUUCGAUGGGUAAACAAAAAAAAAGCGGUUGUGAACUUUGGCUGUUGCGUACUAGGUUUCAGAUGGCAUAAGAUGGAAAAGGGACUCUGGUGAUAGUGUUUUCUCUUUCCGUUUAAUGUUCAAAUUUGAGUGUCGCCGGGGGAGUGAAGUUUUAGUCAAAACAUAUACACGCAUCUGGUGGAUGGGACGCUUGUUAUCUUUUGAAAGCAAUUUUCCUGUAUCUCGCCUUUACUUCUUCAUUGGCAACACAAAGAAAUCCAGCAGAAACGCCAUGGGACUUUGAUUUUUUUUUUUCGAAAAUUCUAAAUGUUGGCUUCUUGUCUUUUUUCCAUCUAUUUUGUUAGCGGAUUUCUUGUUUCUCUUUUCCUAUCCUACCCUACCGCUCCUAUCCCCACGCCCUAUCUUGCAGUUUUGCUGCAAAUUUCUCGAUCCCCUUUCCCCUGUUACCCACCCCAUCGUCCUCAUCUUUUCGCAAACUCGGGACUGUUUUGCUGGUAUUUUUACCGAUAACACAAUUCGUUUGUGGUAAAAAUGGUUGGCUAAAUUUCAUUUACGUCCAUGUAAGGCUGCUCUAGAUAGCUUAUUGUGUGCGUUUUUGAUGGACAGAAUUCGAGCGAUAUUACUUCAGAUGAGGGUUGUUGCAAUGCGUUGUAGAGAGAUCACUGGCCGCGGGGCGACAAGUUGGCACGAACUGAUACCAGUACCGGUAUUCAGAUAUGUGUCCAUGCUUCUACCGCAGAGCCCCAUGCAGCUUUACUGAAUAAAGUGGGUAAUAUACUUCUCUACAAAAUAA